CCCAAUCGCUUCGCUAUCGCAGAUUAAGGACCCGACAUGGGAGCCUGUUUGGGGAAGCAUAGACUUGGGGUGCACUCGUCGACGUUGAGAGCUCAACCAACGUGGAGACACCGACGCGAUACCCACAGCAUCCGUUGCCAAAGAGCGAAUCCUUCAUGGAGUCUUCCCCGUUCUUUCCAGCUAUAAACCGAUCGCCAGUGCUUCCGUGGAGGAAGACGCGCUCCUGCUUGUCUACCCCAUCCGCUGCCAUGAAGUCUUCCUCCCCCGCCGCCUCCGUCUUCGGCGGCAACCCGGCAGACGCCAUCACCCGCCGCUGUCUCGCCCCGCUCCCCUUCCUCGUGGUCGUCGCCCUCUCUCUCAUCCUGCUCUACCGCGCAACCACGCCCGCGUUGCCCUUCCCCCAGUCGUCCCUCCGCGUAGACCAAGCGCCUACCGUCGUCGCCGCCGUCUCUUCCGAGCCGCCGCCGAGCUCCUCUCCUCCCCCGCAGGAAGGGCAGGACGAGAGGCUGGAGAGAGUGCUGAGGGAGGCGGCCACCGAGGACAAGACGGUGAUACUGACCUCCCUGAACGGCUUCUGGUCGGCUCCCGGAUCGGUGCUGGAUCUGUUCCUCGAGAGCUUCCGCGUCGGCGACGGCACGCGCGAGCUGCUGAACCACCUGGUGAUCGUCGCGGUGGACGACAAGGCGUACGAGCGGUGCCUCGCGGUGCACCGCCACUGCUUCGAUUUUAAGACCGAGGGGGUGGAUUUCUCCGGCGAGAAGGUCUUCAACACGCCCGAGUACUUGGACAUGAUGUGGGCGAGGCUGGAUUUCCUUCGCCUAGUUCUUGAGAAAGGCUACAACUUCAUCUUCUCGGAUGUAGAUGUGAUGUGGUUCCGGAAUCCAUUGCCAUACUUCUACGCAGAUGGAGAUUUCCAGAUUUCCUGCGACAAUUUUUUGGGGGGUCCUACUAAUCUCAAGAACUGGCCGAACAACGGAUUCAACUACGUCAAGUCCAACCACAGAAGCAUCGAGUUCUACAAGUAUUGGUACUCGUCGCGAUUGAGGUUCCCUGGAGUUCAUGAGCAGAACGUGCUUAACAUCAUCAAGUACGAUCCAUAUGUGAGUCGAAUGGGAGUGAGCAUUAAGUUUCUGAGCACCGAGCGCUUCGGUGGGUUUUGCGAGCCAAGCAGAGAUCUUAAUAAGGUGUGCACUAUGCACGCCAACUGCUGUAUCGGAUUAGGCAAAAAGAUCGACGAUUUGAGAGCGAUGCUCGACGACUGGAGGAAGUUCAUGUCACUGCCGCAGGACACAGAGAUGAAGAGAAGGUUCUCGUGGAGCAUUCCGCAAAGUUGCAGGUUACCUCCGGGGUUUUUCAGUGACAAGGAACAAAAGCAUCAUCUGUGACAUUUAACAUUUUUCAUUUCCUUAAUUCUUUUCAUACAUGAACAAAGAUUUCAAUAAUGUAAUUUGGUGGGAUCACAACAUUGUGAAAGGAAGGAAUGCAGAAGAUUAGUCCUAAACAUAAUGAGUUAGGGAAGUUUGAUAUGCUUCAAUGCUCAAAGUUAGUUUCAGAAA